AUGUUUCGCUCCCUUGCCCACCUCGUCGAGGACGACGAGCGCUUGAACGUCCAAGGCGUCACGGAUAUCGCGAAGAAAAUGACCGCCGUCGCGACCUUCAUCACGAACGAGUACUGCACCGGCCUGCAAGCCCUCAGCCUGCCCACGCAAAAACUCUUCCACGACCUUGUCGAUCGCCUGCUCAACUAUGGCUGGCCGUUGGUUUCCCCCGGUUCGUCGCACAAACUGGAUCUCCCUGGGGAGAAGAAUGUGCUGGAGCCGAAGGAUGCUUUCAGGGCGAUGGAGAAGUUGGCGGGGUUUUUUGAUCGUCGGGCGAGGUCGUUUCGCGAGGUUAGGCUGGAUGUGCUGAGGGAGGUUAGGCUGUCGAGGGAUUUGAGGUUUGCGGCGAGGUAUACGGAGGCUUUGGUGGCGGGUUUGGAUGGGGUUGGGGAGGUUGAAGCCGUCGGGGAAGGUGGACACUCUGAGCAGGCUGAAGACUCUGAGCAGGUCGAACGCACGAGUGAAGAGACUGCGACGGAGGAUUCGAAUGACAAGCCGUUGGAAUCUCAGGAGGUCCCAGAGGGAGAGACCGAAGAACGCCCUUCAACAACACAUCAUCAUGCCGGCGAGCACACAGCUCCAGCUUCAGAGACAGAGCUUCGACCGGUGUCGAAAGGCCUCUCCUUCAAGGGACCCUAUGUGGUUGAGAACGUGGCGUGGCAGCCAGCACUCGCUAGUGUCCAGGAAGAUGAGCUCUCGACAGUCUCUUCGUCGCUGGAAUCGAGGGCUCAGGCCGCGACAAAAGACGACGUGGAAGCACAUAAAGCACCAGCCUUGGGAGACUGCCCUGAUGCAGUCGAAGUCCCGCGAGAGCUGAAAGGACGCCGCCUCACAAGCCGCUGCUGGUUCGAAACCAACCCCAAAUUCGCAGACCUUAUCGGCGAAAUCAAGCAGUGGAAAGACGACGCCCCAAACUACGACUUCACGACAAUCCGCGGACGCGGCGACCUCGAGAACCUCGUGCACCAUUUCUGCGACGCCACGCCCCUGGGGAUCUCUGCUUUGUUCAUCAUCAAGUGCGAGCACCCCUUGGAUCCGGCGAUUGUGGGCCAUUUGGAUAUGGAUAUUUUGAGGUUUGUGAGGUUGCUGCUUUGGGAUUGGACGAAUGGGCGUGCGGAGAGGAGGGCGGAGCGGGAGAGUCUUGAGGUUGUGAGGAGGGAGAUUCGGGUUAGGAAGGGGGAGAUUGCUGGGGAGGAGGCGCGGGCGGGUGAUCUUCAGCCUCGGGGUGAUUUGGGUGGGGAGGUCCUGUUUGACUACGAUGAGGCCGAUGGCAGAUCUGAGGCUCCGGCGGAUAUUGAGGAGGAGCAGGAACCAGCUCCUCUUCGGCCUCAGAUUGACCUGGGAGGUGAACAGCCUGUCAAAGAGGCUUCACCAAGCAAUCAUGAACCCGAAUCCUCUUUUGAGGCUCCAGCAAACAUCGAGGACGAGCAGCAACCAGUCGACCUGCAGGCAUAUGCCACGAACGAGGAUUCGACAGAGGAAGGUCUGGAUCUUUCCGCCGCCUGGCUCAACGAAAGCGACUAUGCCCCUGAUCAGGAUUGUUCAUCUAUCAGAGAGGCAACCGUGCAGCCUAUGAUUCCCGUCACGCUGCCGACUGAAUGUGCAGUCCGUAUUCCGGAGUCAUUCAAGACUGUGAAACCGACCACCAGCCGUGAGAGCGACGACUUCACUACACUGCUUCGACGAUCGACACUCGCAGCGCUCGGGGUCUCAACGGGCUCCACACAGCCUCUGGCAACGGUGUCUCCCAAAAUCGUAUCCUUGGUAGAGACCGAGCGCAACGCCAGGCUCGAGUGGGAGAAUGCCAUCUUGAGGGAGCAGAUAUCAGAACUGCAGCAGCAACUCGAAUCCCUGAGACCACUCGAUGCCCCCGAGAAAGGCUGCCGAACCGAUGACUGCCAUGCCCACCCGUUACAGCACCUCGUAGGCCAGCGGGAACGCAACGAAAGCCCUUCGAUGGACGCUGAAGUCGACAGCAACAGCGAUGAUCGUCUGGACUCCGACGAGGAUCUGAAGCGCUACAGCCGCAACGACUUCAUGUCCAUGCUCGAGUUUCUGAACAGCGAGCCUCCGCCCAGCCCAUCCCGCAGAGCAAGCAGGAGUUCCGGUGACGGAUCGACGAGCCGGUGGGCGCACUCCUUCAGCGAUAUGAUGAGUAAGAUCAAGAGGCCUGGCCGAGCUUCGAGGAACCACUCGACUGUGUAUGAAGGCGAGUAUGGCGCGCCAGAUGCGUAUGUGCCUACCCGGGCCUUGAAGUCUUCGAGAGGUAGGAGCCGAAUCCAGCCUCCUGGAAGGGAGGCCAAUGGCGGUGGAGACCCGCUGAACUCGGAACAUGUCUCGCAGCAGCCUGGGUCGUCGAUGAAGACAGUUUGA